CAACACGCAACAUCUGAUGGAGCGCAGCAGCCUCAGCGAACGGCAUGUCAGUUGGCCCUUGGCGCUCUCUUGGAAUCCACGCUGCGGAUUCAGAAUUCCGGAUUCCGGUUUCGGAUUUUGGAGCACUGAAACACAGCACGGCAAUCGACAACGCAUCUCCGGAUUCUCGGGAAAAACGGAAUCCAUUCAUAUUUUUAGUGCUUGCGUGCGGAUUUUCUUUUAUUUUUUUGUUGGUGUCAAAAGUUAAACAAUUUCAUGUGAGAUUGCAAGGACACUCAAGGAAACCGUACAGCGACAGCAACAGCAACAGCAAGGAGCAGGAUAAGCAGCAGUUGCAGUUGCACCAGCAAUAUAUUUUUGUUGCCAGCGCCAAGUUCAAAAUCAACGCCUGACAAUGACAACAGUAACAGCAACAGCAGCAGCAGCAUGGCGCCCUAGCAGCCCAAAAAUAACACCAACAUCGACAGCAACAUUGCCUGCGGCAGCCAUAACAACAACAACAACAACAACAGGAUCAACAAGGACACUGGCAGUAGCAACACCAAAACCAACACCAAUACCAAAAGCAAUAACAAUCAAUGGGCUCGACACGACAUGGCGACGUCAGCUGGCAACACCAACAAUGCAACAACAUCAACAACAACAAUCGCAACAACAACAUCAACAUAAAUUGCUUUGGCAGCUGCAACAACCAUUGCAUUUGCAAUGCCUGAUGACGUCGAUCCGUCUGCCAUCGGACGCAAUCAGCCGGUUCUUUUUGGCUAUUUGCCUGCUGGGCUGCCUCAGCCCCUAUACAGCUGCUUUGGAGGAGGACUGCGUUGACUUUCAGGGCAACAAGGUGAACCAUGGAAUGCUGUAUGUACCAGGGCCCGGUGUCUGCAGCCUGUGCGUUUGCUAUCACUCCGAGCCACUCUGGUGCAAGGCCAUUUACUGUGAUCCGCCCUAUUUUUGCAAAAACUUUCGGGUUGGCGAACGUUGCUGCGAGUUCGAGUGCCUGGAUCCACCCGGCGAGGACAAGCUGUACCAGGAACGAAUGCGAAAACGUGCCGAGAUCUUGGCUGGAAACAGCACCGCCUCGAAUGUACGCCUCGCCCCAAUAGCCAUGUCCACCAUAAUGCUGGGCUUUCUGGGCAACAGCUUCCUGAAUUUAUAACUUGAAGUGAAAUAGCCAGAGCUGGAUGGAGCCAACCGAUCCCUAUAAUUUUGUUACUUGUUGCUGUCUCUCUCUUUCUCUCUAUCUCUAUCUAUCUAUCUAUCUUUAUCUCAGCGAGAUUAUGAAUACAGUGUGCACUAACCAAGUGGCAUAGGUUUUCACGAAAUAUCCCCAGACUUAUAUAGGUACAAUAAUAAUUUCAUUUACCACAAACCCGACAGCCCUCAAAUCAGAAUCGUUGGAUAUAUAUAAAAAUAUAUAUAUAUAGCAGAUAUAUGGCGUAUAUAUACAGAGAAACCAUAGUAAACUCAUCAAGCGAACGGAUAAGACAGUCUCUAGCUCCUAAGACUCUAUAGUAACAAGAUGAAUAUAUAUAAAAAGGGAGAUAUAUAGAGAAGAUAUAUAUAUAAAGAGAAGAUAUAUAU